CUUUCAGGAUGGCUUCCCGGGGCAGGGUGAAGCCCCUACAGCCGGGGACCAGCAGUCCUCAUGAUGGACACUUCACUGUCAAAGUCCGGCUGCUCGAGACCGGGGAGAGGUUCUCGGUAGCCGGGUGCAGCCAGCGUAUGAAGGUGGGAGAACUGAAGGAGAAGCUGGAGCUGCUGGCUGGGAUCCCUAAGAACCUCCAGACACUGUCCCACCUGGAUGAUGGGGACCUGCCAGAUAGUUCCACAUUCAAGUUCAAUGGCAUUUUUCCUGGAGCCAAGCUGUCUCUGAGCGUCUGGCCAUAUGAUGGUUUGACUGAUCUGAUACAAUUUGCAGCGACGGGAAACUUGGCAAAGCUGAUCGGUGUGGGGGUCUCCCCUGAUUCUUCAUUCAACACAGAGAAUUCCUUACGUUUAAAUAUGAAGCAGAAGAAGGAGUGGUUGGCUGCUAGGUCAGGGCUAGCCUUGUACGUCGCAUCCCAUCGAGGCCACCUCCAUGUCAUACGAUUCCUUCUACAGAACGGAUGCAACGUGCGAUACAAGACUCAUCUUGGAAAUACUCCUCUUCACGCGGCAGCGGCCACAGGCAAAUACGACUGCAUAGAUGAGCUCUUGGCUAACGGCGCGCAGAUGCAAGACACUAACGGGGAAGGACACACAGCGCUGGAUGUGGCUCGCGUCUGCGGUCACAAGAAGGUGGAGCGUAGGCUUUUCUUUUUCCAGUGGGAAGAAAGAGCAGCCAAUUUGUCAAUCAAGAGGCACCUUGACCCAUCUGAACUCUUCGCUCAUCAGAAACAUGACUCAAAACUAAAGACUUGGUUGAACGGGUCUCAUGCCAAACGUUACAUGUCUAAUCUGAUCCCAUUUCAAGAAUUCCAGGGGUCGCACUUAAGUGCCCCCCCAAAGAGGAACCCAGUCUGAGGGGGCAUUCACAUGACCAUGUGUGUUUUGGGGCCUGCAAAACGCAGAUCCCGCAAAAUACAGAUGAUGUCCAUGUUGCA